AUGGAAAAAAGAACAAUCAUUCUAAUUCCACUCUUCAUUACCAUAUCAGUAAUACUGUUAAAUUCCGCUUCUUUUUCGAUUCCGAUUCAUGACCCUUGUGAUAAUCCGAGUCGAGAAUGUAAUGCUCCUCGUCCGUUUCCCGGUAUUAAGACAGAGGAACCGAAACCGCAACCAGAACCAAAUUCUGGUGAAUAUUGGAUUGUAGAUACAGAUUGGUUGAAUCCUUGGAGGGGUGAUGUGGGUAUCGGGCAGCCUAAAGGUACUCCGGUACUCAUCUGA